AAAAACAGCGGAAGCUAAAAGUAGUUUCCUUGACAGCAACAUACGCGGUAUAUCCAGAUCCGCCCCGCUUUCUUCACUUCAGCUGUUUUUUGGAGAACCUCUUCAUGUCCUGAGCUCCUCUGAAUUUACCGUCCGUGUACUCGCCGGCUUAUUUCUGUCCAGCGACUUCUCUGAGCGGAAAGGUCCUCAGCGGGAAGUUUGAAAUGUGUUCUCCGAGACCAGCUUUGACCGUAGAACUGCUCCACUGAGGCGUGAACUCAUGCGCUGCUGUCCGCAUGUUGUCUCCGGCUCCCUCUGACCCAGCUGCUCUCAGUCCGGGUGGCUCAUCCUGCUGCUCGGAUACCGGGGACGUUUUAAUCCGCUCCACCCGCAUUGUCCUCCCGGACCGCCGGCAGGAAGACAGCGAGACGCCCCGACCCGUUCAGAUAACAGUCCAAAAGCUGCGGGACCCUCAGCCCAACAGGGCCAGGGGGAAACAGGGGCUACAGAAACCCAGACCCCAGCCGGAGGUUGUUGGCCCUGAGCGGACAGGAGGCGAUUCCCACACCGGUCAGGAGCUUCUGACGUCAUGCUACAAGGCUGGAGGGCGGGGAGUUGUGCUGGGAGCUCUGAGACAACGCUGUCACAGCACCCACCACAAGAGGGAGGUCAGUGUACAGCUGCUGGAACCCAGGCCCAGUCCGAACGCACCAAGCCAUCAGGAGACUCCUGAUCGGAGCGCUGACGAUGCGGCGGGUGUGUCUUCAGACCGAGGCCUUCAGACCCAGGGGUCGUCUAGCUGUCUGGGAGACCUCAGCAAAACAGCCGCUGCUGCUGCCACUGCCGCUGCAACUGCAGCCGUGGCUGCGGCCGCUCCUCUUCUCAAGGCCCAAUCGGACAUAGAAGCUCGAAUGUCUCAGUUGUCUGACGGCAUCCAGAAGGUGCUGCAUACCAACAGGGAGGGUGACAGCAGGGGGCGGAGCCUGAGUCAACAGACCCUGCAUCACCUGGAGACAUUGCAGAGCCAGCAGCUGCAGCUGCAGAGCCAGCUGCUGGAAUCAGCCAUCAGGAUCGUGAGGGGUCAUGAUUCUGUAACUUCAGAUUCCAAAGAUGCAGCAAAAAUGAGGGACCAGAAGCCAAGCUCAUCAGGAAGUGGAGGGCCUGCCAUUACACCUGCUGCCGUGCAGAUGGAUGCGGUUACCAUGGAAACACGCCACAGUCACUCCAGGACAGAGCAACCCAGAGGCAACAUUUAUCUCCAGGACCGUCUGGCUGAUCAUAUGACUGAAAACAUUCACCCUCAGUCUUUGGCACAUCACACUCAGGAAGCGGUGAGGAGAGCCGGUGAUAUGCUAAAGCAGAUGGAGCGUCUGAAGACAGAGAUAAAGAUGCUGCUGACCCAGCAAAAAGAUACUCCAGAAUUCCCCUUGCCUUCUCCAGACUACCCCCGGAUCCAACAAAGCCAGCCUGAGCCCCAACAGAGAAAAUCCAAGCAAAAGCACGUUUACUUGUCAAACUCCGAUCCAAGUCAUCCCCGUCCGUCCAGUCUGCAACAAACCGAUUCCCAAAACACCCACCCCCAGUUUGAGGUGUCCCCCGUCCAACACAAAGAGUCACGUGAGAACAUGCAGUUCCAACAUAAUCAUCCCCGUUCCCAGAAUCCAAGGCCCAUUCAAGCAUCAUCCCAAGCUGGACCCUUAUCAACUCAUCACAGUCACUCUCAGGAAGUCCGUGGUCAGUCUAGGCAGUGGCCUCGAGCCAAUUCCUCUAUGCUGGAAGAGGCGGGUCAGGUUCUCCGUCAGGCCCGGAGACGGAAGAAACUUCUAGAGGACAACCUGGAAGCUCUACUGAAAGCCAAGACUGGAGAAAUCCUGCACUGCCAGCUGGAGGCCCUGGCUGCUAACAGAGACCUAUCUGAAGACGUGCGGAUAAAGAAGACAGUGGAUGCCUGGAUCAACACGUUAACCAGAGACGUUCAGCAGGAUCAUCCUCGACCUCUUCAGGGUGAGAAACCUGCAGGAAAGGCCACUCUGGGCAGAGGAGCAAAUGCAGUGAAGUCACGACCAAGAUCUCCAGGUAGAGGGAAGCCAACGAUCAUCCCCAAAGGAGUGAUUAAUAAGCCAGUAAUGGGAAGAGGAAGCAGAGGCCAAGUUUCUGGACACAAAAUGGAGCCAGAGCCUGGUAGAGUCUCAGGUAACCUGAUGGGCAGCCAGCAGGAGGACAUGGACGGAGAGCAGUAUCUGACUCGUCUGUAUGGCAAACUCCCUUAUGAAGGUCAGAGACGAACCCUGAAGAGGAGCCCAUACCCUCGGUUCAGCUCUCCGGUGUCCCCUCUUGGCAGGAAGCAACGCCCCCGAUUGGUGGAAAGCAUCAGAGGUGUAAGGCUGAAGUCCUGUAAGACUCAGACCAGCUUCACUCCUCUCCCCAGUUUGUCAGCUGGACAACUUUCCCAACACUACGCCUUGGGCCCCUCCGACCUAUCCUUCCAUGAGUCUGUUCAACCUACAGCGAAUCGCGCCAAGAGUCCCACUGCUGCCAUGGCUAUUCCUCUGCGUCUUCCCAGGAUGGACUGCUCCUCCAGGGGUGAGCGGGCUCAGGACAGGGCAUCAGUACUUCCUGCCUCUCUGUCAGCCAGUGAGGUGGAUAUGAACGACAGAGCCAAUGAUCAACAGAAGCAGCUGGUUACAGAAAAGCCCCCAUCUUCUCCAUCACGUGUCAUCAAGAUCAUAGCAGCAGAACCUCUGAAAGAAAAUGAGGACGAAGAAAACACCUUCCCUGGAAAUAACUUUCUUUCAGUCACUGAUGUACACCAGGAGGAGAAAAGUGAGGUGGGAGAGGAGGCCGUGGUGUUAGAGGGAAGCCCGUCCCCAGCUCCAGUGCAGUACCACAGUCCAGCCUUUCCACCUGAAGUCCCCUCCUCCCGCUGUGACGACAUAGUGAAUCCUGGGAUGGCCCGCAGCCAGCCUCACGACAUGCUGGAGAACCGGCUGGUGGAAUGGGUGGAGCAGCAGUUGAUGUCCAGGAUGAUUGCUGACAUGUAUCGCCCACCUCUGUCUGACCCCGCCCAGAAUGAGUCUACCGACCAAUCAGAGCUCGAGGAGCGAAGCCUAACAUCAGAUAUUGUGGAAACAGCAGGAGGUGGAGGUCUGCAGCUCUUCGUAGACUCCAACGUGUCUGUGGACUCAGCAUUAAUUAGGCAGUUGGUUAAUGAAGUUCUAACCGAAACCGUGGCCCAGAUGCUGUGCCGGACGAAUGCAACAGAUCCAGCUCCAGAACCAGGACUGGAAGAACCAAAAUCAGAACCGGGUGAAGAUAAGGAGCAGGAAAAUCUGGCUCCACUGGUUCCCACUCCAGCACAGACACCACAGCCCGGCGUGGCCCAGCUCAGCAGAGAGACCACACCAGCAGCCACUCCGCCUCCAUCCAAACCAUCCAGCCCAGUUACUCAGGGAUCUCCUCAGCCAAUCACAGCACCAGAACCUGUAGCCACGCCGACCACCACACCGGAGCCCCAUGGUCCUGAAGAAAGCCCCCCAGGGGUUCAUCAAGCUCCGCCUCCACCCAUAUACGGGGACCCUGAACUUCCACUGGAUGAGGAAAACUCAGAGGAACAGCUGGAGUCACAGAAACAUCCUCUGGUGAUGUCCACAGAAAAGGAGGAGCCUCCUGUCAGCAGCCCUCCUCUUCCUCCUCCUGCUCAACCCGAGCCUCCUCUGGCACGACCCGAUCCUGCUCUCCCUCCCAGCCUUUCAGAAGCCACUAGCUCCAGCAGCAGCAGCAUCAGCAGCAGCCCCAGCCGCAGCAGCACCGUAACAGCGGAGACUGAAGGUGCACUGAAACACAUCUCAGAGGGAGAGCUGCUCAUCCCUGUCAACCAGCUGGCCCCUCUGACAGAAGAGGAGGGUGUCUAUAGCUUCUCCAGCUCUCUCCAUGAGGUGGAAGACAUGACCUUUGACUCCUCCACCGUCGAACAGGUUGGAGGUCGUGACCUUCUGUUGACCCUGCUGACCAAGAUGAAUCAAGGAGUUUCUCACGGAGGACAGAGGCCACAGCCUGAGGGCUCCUGGGGGAGAGAGGAGUUGGAGGACGAGGUGAGCGUGGGGGAGGUGGGAGACUAUGGGCACGCUAAACCUCAAGGCCAGAACAAAAAUCUGAGUCGACAGGAUGAAAUCUCGGCCUGUGGACGAACCAGUCAGCCUGCAGAAGUUGGACAGCAGGACAAACAGAAUAUGCAGGAAGGAGACGGGAAUACAGCCGUUUAUCUGCCCAUCUUUAGAGCCCAGGGCGACAGAAACGAGGAGGACGUCAAGGAGACCGGCGAGUCAGUGAAUGCAAACACAGACUCUUCCACCAGUGAUUUCUUCUGAUCAAAGAUGCUGCAGAUUCCCUUUUUUUUACUUAUGAUAGUUGGAAACAUUCCCUGUGACCUUCAACUUUUGUAAUUUUCAGUGGUUGACCUUUAAAUUUCCACAUGACCAUUCAGAUUAAAAAUGACAAAUUUUAAUCCUAAUGCA